AUGAAUGUCUUGCCAGUUUUUGAAAUGGCAAAACCUUUAGAUCACAUCAAGAGACCCAUGAACGCCUUCAUGGUGUGGUCCAGAGGCCAGAGGCGGAAGAUGGCCCAGGAAAACCCAAAGAUGCACAACUCUGAAAUCAGUAAGAGACUCGGCGCGGAGUGGAAGCUGCUCACCGACUCCGAGAAGCGUCCGUACAUCGAUGAAGCCAAGAGACUGCGGGCUCAGCACAUGAAGGAGCACCCGGACUACAAGUACAGACCCCGGCGCAAACCCAAGAGUCUGCUGAAGAGAGACCGUUUCGUUUUCCCGCUGCCGUCUCUACUCGGGGACGCGGCGGAGCACUUGAAGGGAUUUUCCAUGGACUCUUUUCUCGUCCCCGGGGAUAAAGCCAGAGCUCUCCUGGCCCCCGCCUGCUCAUCCUCCUCGUCGUCCUUCUCACUGCUGGAGCCGAUGGGUCACUUCAGCACCGGAGCUGUCCAGCGGAUGGCGGAGAUCCCGCACACUCUGUCCGCCGGAGCUCUGCCCUACAGCGCGCACACGUUUGGAUACCAGACUGGAGGGAUUGGGGCUCUGGCUUGCGCCGGACAGCACACACAUACCCACUCGUCACCCACCAGCCCCGGCUAUGUGAUGCCAUGUAAUUGCGGCGCCUGGUCUGCAGCCAGUUUACAGCCUCAGGUAGCUUAUAUUCUCUUCCCCGGAGGGAUGACCAAAAGCGGCAUGGACACGUACACUUCACCCAGCUCCAGUGUGUGA